UCGGCGAGACAAGUUCAUUAAAAAAAAAAUAUUUUUGUGUUUUUCGUCUAUUUUUAGUCUAAACAUAGAAAAAAAAUAACUUUGUGUCUAUCGCAUUUAUUUAGUUUUUCUCUCUCGACAAAACGUGUCUGAUGCAAUUUUAAUCGCGUGUGCGAAAAACGAAAAAUAAAUAUUAAAAAAAAAGACCGGUUGGUUUGUUAGAGAGUGAAAAAUAAAGUUUACGUGACAAUUUUUUUAAAACAAAUUUACAAAAAAAAUUAAAAAUUCGUAGUUUUGUGUGAAAAGUUGAAAUAUGGCUUCGAAAGUACAAUCUCAUGCCAAUGGGCAUACAAAUGGUACGAAAAAUGGCAUGGAAAACGGAAAUGGAUAUAAAAAUGGAGAAAAUGGCAAUAAAAGUGAAGAAGAGAUUGAGAAGGAAUAUGAAGAAAGUGUUGAAGAAAUUAAAAAGUUGACAAGGUACGAUGAUGGAAGUGUCAAGCUGCGCAAUCCCCAUCUCGAGCUAAUGGACCAAGAUAUUUUAUACCAUUUGGCCUUAGGUAGCGGUAGUCAUGAUUUACCCGAAAUGUUUGGCGAUGUUAAGUUUGUUUGUAUGGGAGGCACACCGAAACGUAUGGAGACAUUUGCGCACUUCAUUAUGGAUGAAAUAGGUUACAAACUUCCCGCUGGAACGCAAUUACAAGACAUUAGUCAGUUUUCGUAUCGGUAUUCCAUGUACAAGGUUGGUCCCGUUUUGUGCGUUUCUCACGGCAUGGGAGUGCCAUCUUUGGGCAUUUUAUUGCACGAAAUCAUCAAACUGAUGUAUCACGCGAAAUGCAAGGACCCCGUUUUCAUCCGAAUCGGCACAUGCGGCGGCAUUGGCAUCGACGGAGGCACCGUUGUGAUCAGCGAUGAUGCUGUCGACGGACUUUUGCGCAGCGUUUACGAAGUGCCCGUACUCGGAGUCAACAAACAACGUCCCGCAGUGCUCGAUAAACGUCUCGUGCGUGAAAUUAAGUCCCUCGCAGACCCCGAAGACCCUUACGACACAAUCGUGGGCAAGACAAUGUGCUGCAACGACUUUUACGAGGGACAAGGACGACUCGAUGGUGCCUUCUGCGAUUUCACGGAAGCCGAAAAAAUGGAAUUUUUGCAACGGAUAUGCGAUUUUGGUGUCGUCAACAUCGAAAUGGAGUGCACAAUUUUCGCGGCGCUUACUCAUCAUGCGGGAAUUAAGGCAGCAAUUGUUUGUGUCGCUUUGCUGGAUCGUUUGAAGGGCGAUCAAGUGAGUUCGCCGAAGGAAGUUAUGAACGAAUGGCAAUUACGCCCUCAAGCACUUGUCGCAAGAUUCAUUCGGAAACGCAUGGCGCAAGCAGGACAGCUCAAACCGUUGUUGCAUGCCGGCGGAAGCAUCAAAAGUCCCCGCAGAUUCAAAUUGGUGCAACAAGAAUCGGAAGCGCACGAAUAAAAAACAGGUUUUCAUCGUUGUUGUUAAACAAAAAAAAUUAUUAAAAAAUUAAAUUGAUGUUUUUUCAUAUGGUUCCCAUUUAAAUUUAAUUUUUUUCGAAAAUGUCUUUUAAAAAAAAUAUAAAAAUAGGAAUUGUUCAAUUGUUAAAAAAAAAUUGUUAAUAUACACAAAAAAAAGCUUUUUCGAAGCUUUUGUCCUAAAAACGAGGCUCUACAUAAAAAAAACUCCUCCUAUCACGGAGUUUCUCUUUUAAAAAGACUACUGCCAAUGAUACGGAAUAUUUUUUAAAUUUAAAACUAAAAAUUAUACUCAAAAGUAGUCUUUCUUUAUAUACUGCAGUUAUACACAAAAAUAUUAACAUUAACAUAUCUACUGAGUGUCACCGUACUAAAAUUUACAAAUAUUAUCAAAAAAAUAUUUUUUAUUAAAAAUU